ACUCACCUCAUCAUAUGCGGUCCCCGGGUCCAAGGCGACGACGGCGCUGCAUCGGUCCCGUUUGAAGAGUGCCAUGGCUCGGAAGACGGUCGUUCCAUCCGUGUAUUAUGGUGAGCCAUGCACUUUCGACCCAAAGUUCCGAGGGCCAAUUCAUGACAGAGAGCUCACUGAUGUGGUCUUCUGUUUUAUUUUUGUCAUCGUCAUCUUUGCUUACAUCAUCCUGGGCCUUGUGGCAUGGGUCAACGGCGAUCUCAAGAAAGUCACCUUUCCAACCGACAGCUACGGGACGCUUUGCGGCGAGGGGAGUAAUAAAAACAAAACCAAAUUGUUCUACAUUGACAUUCUCAGUUGUCUGAGCCUUGACCUUCAGUGCCCCACCACCCAGCUCUGUGUCUCCGAAUGCCCUCAGCAAUUUUUGUUACUUCUGACUGCUGUGAAAAAAGACGACGAGUGGAACUAUUAUAAGAAAUUCUGCAAACCGGGAGUAACGAAGAGCACGCCCGUUCCUCGCCUCUUAGCCAAUGAAGACUGCCCAUCCGUGCUCUUGCCCAGCUCAGCCAUUCUUAAUCGGUGUUUCCCCAUUGUCACGAACCAAUCGGAGUCAUUGGAAGCCGGCGAUAAAAAGAUUAACGCCGCCGACUUGAAAAACGCUAGCAGCAUUGCCAUGCGCGCUAAAGAUAUUAGCGCGAAGGUCUUUGAGGACUUAGCCGCUUCCUGGGAAUGGAUCCUGACUGGCAUGGCAAUCUCGAUGGUGAUCAGCUUGAUCUUCCUCCUCCUCUUGCGCUUCAUCGCCGGCGUGCUGCUGUGGCUCAUAAUCGGCGCCAUCGUCGGCGCCAUCGGUUAUGGUAUCGGCCACUGCUAUUGGCAGUACACGAGUCUUCUCGGGAAGGAAGGCGCCGACAUCACCAUCUCCCAGAUCGGCUUCCAAGCAGACUUUCAAGUCUAUCUGGAGCUCAGUCAGACGUGGUUCAUUUUCAUGAUUGUGCUAUCUGUGAUCGAGGGCAUCGUUCUACUUAUCCUGAUUUUCCUGAGGGAGCGACUGCUCAUCUCCAUCGCGCUGCUGAAGGAAGCGAGCAAGGCCGUCGCACAAAUCAUGACUACUCUCUUCUAUCCCAUCUUCACUUUCUGGCUGUUAUGCCUCUGCAUCAGUUAUGGAGUGGUGGUGGCAAUGUGUUUAUCAACGUCCGGAGUUGCCGUCUACAAAAUUAAACCUAAAAAUAGCCAAUGCCGCUUAGGCGACAACACUACAUGCGAUCCAAAGAAUUUCAGUCAGAUCAACCUUCCCGAGAAUUGUAGCAACUCGCAAUGUUUUUUCGACUCCUACGGCGGCGAGGGCUUCUACUAUAGCUACAUCAUGCUCCUGCAAGUCUUCAACUUGUUCACCUUCCUGUGGCUGGUUAACUUUGUCAUGGCGCUGAGCCAGUGCACCCUGGCUGGAGCCUUUGCUACCUACUACUGGGCCAUGAGGAAGCCCAGGGACAUCCCAGCCGGGCCGCUCGCUGCGUCUUUUAAACGAACCUUACAAUACCACAUCGGCUCACUGGCCUUUGGUGCGCUCAUCCUCUCUUUGGUGCAAAUGGUCCGCAUAAUUCUGGAAUACCUGGAUAAAAAACUCAAGCAUGGCCAAAAUAGGUGCGCUCGCUUCAUGAUGUCCUGCCUCAAAUAUUGUUUCUGGUGCCUGGAACGUUUCAUCAAGUUCCUCAACAAAAAUGCAUACAUCAUGAUAGCAAUACAUGGAAAAAACUUCUGCACCUCCUCCAAGAAUGCUUUCUUCCUCCUGAUGAGAAACGUUAUUCGGGUGGCCGUCCUGGACAAGGUAACGGACUUCUUGUUAUUCCUGGGAAAACUUCUAAUUGCGGGAACUGUCGGCGCGCUUGCAUUUUUCUUCUUCACCCGUAAAAUCCCCUUCAUUAAAGGGCAGGCGCCGACAUUAAACUACUACUGGGUCCCUCUAGUGGCGGUGAUUUUGUUAUCCUAUUUAGUUGCACAUGGCUUUUUUAGCGUCUACUCAAUGUGCGUGGAAACGUUGUUCCUGUGCUUUUGCGAAGACCUGGAGAGGAAUGACGGUUCCUUCGCUAAGCCCUACUUCAUGUCUCCAGAGCUGUGCAAGAUCCUGGGCAAAAGUAACGAGGUCGUGCAAAACGAUAGGCCAUCCGAAUGACCGCCUUGGCUGUUAUACGAGAAACAAACAGAUGAACGACACUCACCUUCCUUCUUAUCUGCUCAUGGAGACGUCACAGAUUUUUGAAAUGCGUCUUCCGGGAGGGCUUUAAAAGACAACUCCGUUGAACUCCUCACUUUUGGAUGCACGUUCUUUUUGUGUGUGUUGCAUUUUCCUUUUCCUGCCUUACUGUUUGCAAAUCACAUGCCACAAUGAUGAUUAUCAAAACAAAAUGAGGAUUUACGCAGGGGGGCACUUUGGUCUUCUGGUGAAAUGUUUUGGAUUCACUUUCGCUUCUGCAGUGACCCGUGAAGUUACCCAGAAAGUCAAUGCAGCCCUGUGAAAAUAGCAAAAAGACAAAAAAAAUGUGAACAUGUCAAAUAUGACUGGAAAAAAAUAACUUCAUUAUAUAAAAACACUGGUCAACAAUAUAAAACUCGUUGCCAAAAUUUAAAAAAAAAAAAAUCCAUUUGCCAUUUUUGGGGGUUAAGGGAAUAAGAUUUUAUAGAUAGUUUUUUUUCAUGGAAACAUUUUACCUUUUGAGAGGCAUAAAUGUAUUUUCCCCUUGUAAUAAUGAUGAUAGCAAAUGUAGAAGAAGCUACGGUUGUAACAUGGUUGACUUUCUUUAUCCACUUGACAUGUCUAGCAUGAUUCCAUUAAUGGCUCCUGACGUUUGCCAUUUUGGUUGCUUUCUUCCACCACAUCGAAACAAAAAAAGUUGUGUAUUAUAUAGCAAGUCGUGACAUCAUCGCACAUGUCCAUGACGCUCAUAUAUUAACUGUACUGUAAACCAGACUUGGUGGGAGGUCAAGACUCAAAGGGGGGGAGGGCUUGAUGGUGUUUUUAUGUGCCUAGUUGUUCGGGGGUGUUGAAAUUGUUCUUCUGUGGUUUUAGCGCUAAUACCAGAAACUUUUAGAGAUACAGUUUGUAAAAAGGAUGUCAAAGCCAUUUUGGGGUUGUUGUUUUUUUUUAAUUGUUCAGAUGUAGUGCUGUUUUAAUACUAAGUCUAAUCGACACGUGUCUGAAGGUUAUUCCGUCUUCUUUUGCAUAGAGGACUUUUUGUAAUCAAUGAAAUCCAAUGACAAUGUUGAGUCCUUUUAAAUAAAAUGGAAUGAUUUUAA